UGCGUAACUCCCCGGGUCCCCGGAGGGGGAGGGAGACCAGUGGCGGCAGCUGGGGCUGCAGAAGCAGCCCGGGGGUCCGGAAGUCAACAUCAUGUCGAGUCUCCACAAGAGCCGGAUUGCCGAUUUCCAGGAUGUCCUGAAGGAGCCUUCCAUUGUGCUGGAGAAGCUUCGAGAACUCAGCUUUAGUGGCAUUCCCUGUGAGGGCGGACUGCGGUGCCUCUGCUGGAAGAUCCUCCUGAACUACCUCCCUUUGGAGAGAGCCUCAUGGACUUCCAUCCUGGCCAAGCAGAGAGGGCUCUAUUCUCAGUUCCUGAGGGAAAUGAUCAUCCAGCCUGGCAUCGCCAAGGCCAACAUGGGUGUAUCCAGGGAGGACGUGACCUUUGAAGAUCAUCCCCUCAACCCGAACCCUGAUAGCAGGUGGAACACGUAUUUUAAGGACAACGAGGUGCUACUGCAGAUUGACAAAGAUGUCCGGAGGCUGUGCCCAGAUAUAUCCUUCUUCCAGAGAGCCACUGAAUACCCCUGCCUCCUCAUCCUGGACCCGCAGAAUGAGUUCGAGACCCUUCGGAAACGGGUGGAGCAGACAACACUGAAAUCUCAGACAGUGGCCCGGAACCGGAGUGGGGUCACAAAUAUGAGCUCCCCGCACAAGAACAACGCACCACCAGCCCUGAAUGAGUAUGAGGUUCUGCCCAAUGGCUGUGAAGCCCACUGGGAGGUGGUGGAGCGGAUCCUGUUCAUCUAUGCCAAGCUCAACCCUGGCAUCGCUUACGUGCAGGGCAUGAAUGAGAUCGUGGGUCCCCUGUACUACACUUUUGCCACUGACCCGAACAGCGAGUGGAAAGAGCACGCUGAAGCUGAUACCUUUUUCUGCUUCACCAACCUCAUGGCUGAGAUCCGGGAUAACUUCAUCAAGAGCCUGGAUGACUCCCAGUGCGGCAUCACCUACAAGAUGGAAAAGGUGUACUCCACCUUGAAGGAUAAGGAUGUAGAACUCUACCUGAAACUGCAAGAGCAGAAUAUCAAGCCCCAGUUCUUUGCCUUCCGUUGGCUGACACUCCUGCUGUCGCAGGAGUUCUUGCUGCCUGAUGUCAUCCGGAUCUGGGACUCACUCUUUGCCGAUGACAACCGCUUUGACUUCCUCCUCCUGGUCUGCUGUGCCAUGCUCAUACUGAUCCGGGAGCAGUUGCUGGAGGGGGAUUUCACCGUCAACAUGCGGCUUCUGCAGGAUUAUCCCAGCACAGACGUCUGCCAGAUCCUACAGAAAGCCAAGGAGCUCCAAGACUCGAAGUAACCUGGUGGCAAGAGGCCCAGGGUUGGAAGAGCAGCCACCUGCACAUCUGGUUUGUGGGACACAGAGGAGUCAGUGGGAAAGCAGUGAGGACAAGCCACAGACCUGGCCAGCUCCAGGCUUCCCAACCUGGCUCCCGUGGUCCAGGCUACUCCUGAGCACACCGUGCUGUGCUCCUUCCCAGUGCUUGGCCCCGCCGCCCUCCCUGCACUUGAGUCCUGAGGCCUCCACCCAGACUGCUGAGUAGCGGGAGCUCCUGAACUGGGUUCCUGGGACUGGGGCCAUUUGAGGCACAGGAGGCUGGCAAGGGUUCUGCCAUGCCUCCGCCCAGUAGCUCCUUUCCCUUCGUGCUCUCAUCUUCCCCUGGGCCCUGGUCAGGGGAGGUAAUUGGCUAAUGGGCCAGAAACCAUUUCUGAGCAUUGGUGCUCAAGCUACUUGGGGAAGGGACCCCAGAAGAGCUGAGAGACUGUCAGUUCUAGGUUCACCUUUUGUCUCCCCUGUCCGGUGCAUUUGCUCAUGGUCGGGGUGUCCCCCAGGUGUCUCUGCUCCAGUGUGUGUAUGUACACGUGUGUUCACACAUGCCCUGGAAGCAGAGUGGGCAUGUUGGAAUCCCUCUGAGGUUCUGCUUCCUCUCUUCGGUGUCUCUACCUCUGCUGUCUCCCUCUUCCUCUGCCAGAGGUGUGUGUGGCUCUUGCCGUUCCUUCCUUUCCAUGUCUCUCUACCCUUCGCCUGGAGCACCUUACCCCAAACCUCUUCCUCUCUCCUCUCUGCUUCCUGAAGCCAGCAGUCAGAAUGAGGAGUGUGACUUAGUAAGACCCCUGCAGGCCAACCUUGGCUUGGGCACCCUGUUCCUGUCCCCAACCCAAGGUUCAAGGUCCCCUCACCAGAGAGGGAAUCACAGUGGCUCUUCAGAGGGCCUGCUCUGCUUGAGGAAGCCAAGUGCUGCUGACAUGGUGGCCUGUGACACUCGGGGCCUCUUGCCCGUUGUUUGCCCAACUGUAGAGAAAGGAGGGAGGAGGAGUCUUGUAAGCGCCUCCCUGGAGACUCAUCAUCUCAGAGACCAAGGACGUCCCGCUGGGCUGUGCCUGGGAGCUGGAAUCUGAGCAUCUCAACAGAGCUGGCAUCCCUUGGCUUCCAUGUUCCUGCCCAGGGAGUAUAAGUCUCAUCAAGGGCAAAGGACCAAAGGAUACCUCUCUGUGGCCAGCAUUGGCUAAACUCGAAGGCCUGGAGCUUCUCAGUCCCAGGAGAGCUACAUCAGGAGCUGCAGAGGUGCUUGGGCUGUCUCCUGGCUUUGGGGACACAGUGCCUGAGCUGCACCCUGUUCAGCAAGUAGACUUUUCCUAACCUUGUCCCUCCCUCCUUUUCUGUGGAGGCCAGGUGGUUUGAGUCCUGAAGGCAGGUCGACAGCAGGGGAGGGGGGUCCUCACCCUCUCAGACUGGCCAGCAGAAACUAGGCUCCAGCAGCUGCCACCCGAAGCCUCCUGAGACCAGCUGCAGGGCUCCCUGCCUUCCCAAGCCGCUGCUCUAGUAAACUUCCUUGGGUGCUGCUGGGACUCUGUCUGCCUUUUUGCUACCAUCUCCCCCAACAUAGAAUAUUUGGGUGAUUUUUUUUUAACUAUUUAUUUAGACAUGGGCUAUUUAUUGCAGAUUGGCAAGUGAGUUGGGCUGUGCGCGGGUUUUUAGUGACUGGGGUGAUAGAAUUGGAGGCAUGGAUUGUCUUAAUUUCCCAAGGUUAACCCUGGCACCCUCUCCCGUUCCUGGCUGGGAAGGCUGCCAGCUCUACUAGAACUGAGUACAGGGAGGCCCAAGCUGGUGCAUUUGCUGUACUCAGAGAUCCAGGACAUACACUCCCACCAUCCUGGCCUCCCCUUAAUGUAGGGCUUGUCAGCGGGUAGUUCAGCCCCAGCAUUGACCUCUUCAUUGUCUGGAAGCCAGCAGACACUGCCUGGGACACCUACUGCAUUCAUUCCCUCUUGCCAAUCCUCCCUCCCUUGCUCUCUCCCUCCCUCUCUUCCUGGGACCAUGCUACUGGAAUCACUGCAUCAGAUUUGUUUCUGUGGGAGACCUGCAUCCUGUGCCCACUCCUUGACCCUGGAGAUGAAGGCCAGGGGCAUGGAGGCUGUCUGGAUAGAGUGGCUCCCCAGUCGGGUGCUGCCUGAGGAAAAGACUUACCUGUGGUGAUUCUUAAGGGAGAACCAGAGUCUGAAUUCAGCAGCUUCCACGUGGGGUGGCCCCAGGAGCUUGGCAGCUCACCCCUGGGGGACCGGACAGCAGUGGCUUUUGUGUUUUCAUCCGUUCUCUGAGUCAGUGCUGUUGAUGAGUUGUCUUUAAUAAACCGUGUGCUCUUUACCAUG